AUGGUUACUCAAGCAUCCAAGGUAUUAUUGGCUGGUGUUGCGGCGGCAGGUGCAGGCUAUUACUUGUACGAGCAAAGAUCUGGGGGAGGCAGACUUAUUGACGUUAGCAACUAUGGCCAAGGGCCAGCAGAACACGCUGGAAGAGUAGUUGACAAUUAUGCCAGCUCUGGCUGGAACAAAGUGGAAGAUUCGAAGAAUUCUGCGGGUUCUUGGAUAAACGACAAAGGAGCCCAGGCUCGCCAGGCCUCCGAUAAUGUGGUUGAUUCUGCGAAGGAAUCUGCUGAUAUAGCAGCUGCCAAAGCUGCUGGAGUUGGAGGGUCUGUGAAGUCUUGGUUUCAGGAUUCACGUGCAAGUGCUGAAAAGGCUUAUUCUGAUUCUUGGGAGAAGUUAGAUGAAGCCCAGAAGCAGUUUGACGAUACCAAAGCCGCAUGGUGGUCUUGGGGAGCUAAGCAGAAUGAAGAAGCCCAGUCCAAAGCCCAGGAGAACUUGGACAUCGCCAAAAAGAAUUAUGCCAAUUCUAAGAGUGCUUUGUCUAAAUGGGGCCAAGAAACCAUUGACUCUGCUGACAAGAGGCUAAAGGAUUUGAAGAAUUCUGUCAAGUACAAUGCUGACAAGGGCGUUCAGCAAGUGAACCAGGUUGCUGGUGAUGCCAAGGCCUACGGCAACAAGAACCUCCAAAACGCAAAGGAAGCAGUUGACGAUGCUUAUGAGAGUGUUAAGUCUAAGGCUCAGUCUGCUCAGGACUCUGCCGAAAGUAGAAAGAACGAGAUUGUGAAGGAGUAUGGCAAGCAGACUGCGUCUGAAGCUGAUCUGGCCAGCCGCGUUCGACACUCUGUGGAGGGAUGGGGAGAAACCGCCCAAGAAGUAGCCCAAGAGGAGUAUGACUCGUUGUUCAGCAAGAAGGGAAGUUUCUUCCUAUCUUCUGAGGAAGCUUCUCGGAAGGCCAAGGAGUAUUACGAUGCUAAGGCCAAAGAGGCCAAAAAGCGUUACGAUGAGACCAGAGGCCAUUGGUACUCCUGGGGCUCUUCAAAGUCUCAAGAUGUUCAAGAUGAAGCCAAGAAGCAAUGGGAAGAUCUUCAGGCCCAAAGUCAGAGUGCUUCCGAUGCCGUUGCUGAGUGGUCCAAGAAGAACUCUGAUAAGCUGGUGAAGGAUGCGCAGGAUGGCUUGGAUAGGGCUCAUGGGACCUCGCAAGGCUGGUUGUCGGGCAUUAGAAACUGGAUUCGUGGCAACUAA